AUGUCGUGUGAGGAAUUGGCUGAAGCGGAACCUCAACAGACAACCUCAACUAAUAAGGAGUCGCGAGAGAAUACUCCUAUAUCUUCUACUGCCCCCAAAAAAUCCGCGUCUCAUCCUAACCUUCAAGCUCAACAAUUACAAAACGAACAGAACUCGAAUGCUGAAUCUAGUCAAGAAAUAAAAAUGAAUUCAAGUCGAAAACAACAAAAAGAUAAAAAUGAUAAAGACAUUUUAAAGUCUAACAUUGCUUGUCAAAGCGUGUUGGACAAAGACAUUAUCAAAAAUAACAAAUCUGCUAGUAUCAGCAACACAUUAAUUAUCUCUUCUGAUGGCAUGGAUGAAAAUUCUAAUGACAUGCCCCAAUUGCCAUAUCCAAAUAUGAAUCCAAACGUUCCUUUUAUACCCGCUCAAACCCAAUACUUUACUCCUCCAUUUUUUCCAAACAAUGGACAAUACUUUUAUGAUAACAGAUUUGGGAGACCACCUCCUCAAAUGCCACAACAAACAUUUAGAUCAAAUGCUUACCCUUACCUCCCACUACCUGUUAUUCCUCCAAUGCAACCUCCACCUUAUCAUAAUCCUUCACCUCUAAUUCCUCAGCAAUCUCUUUCCGCAAGAUAUCUUAAUCCUUCAAGUGCAACCGGGGGUGAUUCCGGUUUUUCUUCUCGUAGAAGUUCUUUAGAUCAAACCAGAACUCCGGAUUUUGGCCCCCAACAUCCUCCAAGAAUAAAUCAGCAAAAAAAACCUAAACAAUUGGAUAAAGCCCUUUGGGUUGGAAAUUUACCUGAUACGACUACCCAAGAUGAAUUAAAAGAAUUUUUCGCAGAUGAUAACAUGGAGAGCGUAUUUCAUAUUAGAAAGUCUAAUUGUGCCUUUGUGAAUUAUAAAACAUAUGAAGCUGUUAUGGAAGCUGUAGAUAAAUAUAAUGAAGCUGAUUUCAAGGAAAUUAAAUUGGUUUGUCGUCCAAGGAAGCAAACUUCCGCCGAUUUAAAAUUGAAAACCGAAUCCUUGUCUGCACUUAUUUCGGAAAGCACUCCUCCUCCUACGCCUUCAGAGGCUGGCUCAACGGCAUCAUCUUCCACUAGGUCUCGCCGAUCAUCAGUGCCACCUCGUCAACGUAUUCGACAACCGUCUAUUGCUUCCGUGUCUCCGGCUUCUUCCGUUUCUUCCUUAAAACCAUCUUCACAGAAUAGGUAUUUCAUUCUCAAAUCACUUACUCAAGAUGAUCUUGACAUUUCUGUUAAAAGUGGUCUUUGGGCAACACAGCCUCAUAAUGAGGCAGCUUUGAAUAAAGCGUUUAAGAGUGCCGAGAAUGUAUACCUUAUAUUUAGCGCCAAUAAGAGCGGUGAAUUUUAUGGUUAUGCAAAAAUGAAGAGUCAGAUUAGUAAAGAGAUGACGACAGAAACAGUACAAUGGACUCCGAUUGACGAAGCUGCUUUAGCUGCCUCCUCUUCACGUCCUUCACCUAAUCUAGAUGAGAAGUCACGAAAAAAAUCUCAAGAAGAAGAGAAUGAAGAUUUGGAAGAUGACGCUAUUCCAUCUAGGAAUUGGGGGACGACCUUUAGAGUUGAAUGGAUUAAAGUUCAAAAGCUUCCUUUUAUUCGUACGCGUCAUCUUCGUAAUCCAUGGAACGCGAAUCGCGAGGUUAAAAUAAGUCGCGAUGGUACCGAGGUUGAACCAGUUGUUGGAGACCGAUUACUUACCGAAUUCCAUAAACCACCUCCAACAAUACCCGUUUCAUAUUCAACUAUAUCUGGUCCUCUAUUAACUCAACCAUUGAAUAUUGAUAGUCAGGGUGUGGUCGUUGAAGGACAGGAUAGAAUUUUGGCUUCUCAGAGUGCCGCGCAAACUCUACCCCCAAUGAUUGAUCCUAAUUUUAUGCAGAAUGCUCAACCUGCAUUUUUCACUCAAGGAGGGUAUUGGCAACCACAACAUCUUAUAAUACCUCCAUAUGGAGCACCUCCCGCUCAUCCGAGUUAUGUUCCAAGUCAACAAGCUACUCGUAUACAACCGACUCAAGCUUCAACAGGUGUAACUGGUUCUUCCGCGAUGACUCCAAUAAUGCCUUUGGAACAACAAUACGUGGAGGUAAUAUGGGUAAAUAUGGCCACAAGAGUAGAAACUGGGCCUAUUCCGCAGCAUCAUCCUUCACAUUACCAGUCCUCUGCUCAUCACCUUUAUCAAUCUCCCGCUGCUGGUACAGGAGUUCAUUACCAGCAAGCACCACAGCAAUAUUAUCGAUCUUCAGAUGAUAAUAACCAUAUAGAUGGUCAUAUGUCAUAUCAAGUAUCAUCGCAACAGCAACAGGAACAAAAUAUGGGCGGUGAUCAAGAAAAUGAAUCCCAUAUGAUGCCUUCUUUUCUUAUGGAAGAACAAAGACAAAGUUUUGAAGCUAGUGGUAGUGCAUAG